UUCUGUUAAAAUUAGCUAACUCAUGACAUUAUGACUAAAAAAAAAUAUACUGACCUUUACGCAGAAAAUAGCCAUUCUAUUUUAUUACCAGGUAGACAUCCUUGUGAAUGUCAGGCCUCCAAACACAAAUUAAUAAAUAAUUGCAUGAAAUGUGGUAGAAUUGUUUGCGUCCAGGAAGGAUCUGGACCUUGCCAUUUUUGUGAUAAUAUAGUAUGCUCAAAUGAAGAACAAGAAAUACUUAAUAGAUGUUCUAAAGCUAGCGAUAAGUUACUUAAUAAAUUGAUGAAUCAAAAGUGUGAACUAACACAAACUCUUGAAAAGGCCAUUGAAAAUAAAAAUAGACUGUUAAAUUAUGAUAAAACUAGUGCAGAAAGGACUUUAGUUAUUGAUGAUCAAUCAGAUUAUUUUGCUUUGGAACAUAAUAGUUGGCUUUCACCUAUACAACGGAAAAUUAAACAAGAGAGAGAAAAAUUGCUUUUUGAAGCAAAACAUAAAUCAAAAUCAAAUAAAACAAUAUCUUUGUUGAUUGACUUUAAUAAAAACAAUGUUUUUCAAGAUGAUUUAAAUGAAAUCACAAACAUGGAAGAAAUGAAAAUUGAAAAACCAAAAAAUAUAAUUGCACAACCAAAUGAGAAUUUCUUAGAUAUUGAUAAUAAUUCAAACAUAGAUGAAAAAAUAUUGAAAAACUUUCCACUUCCUAAGUUUGACUAUAGUGUUAUUACUCAAUUAUCUUCGAAUGACAAAAUUUUUUCCUGUCCGAAUUCUAAAUUCAAUAAUAAUUCCACUAGGCUUCAAGAUGAUGAAUUUUUGAAUAGUUUUGAUCAGAAAAAAUGUCUGAGCAUGCAUCAACCACAUGCUUCCCUCCUCAUAUUUGGUGUUAAAAAGGAAGAAGGAAGAAAUUGGUACACGGCUCAUAGAGGCAGAUUAUGGAUAGCCUCUACUACUAAACGACCCGAAACCAGUGAAAUUAAAACUAUUGAAAGUUUCUACCAAGAAUAUUAUGCCAAUAUUUUAGGUAAACCAGAGGCUACUAAAAUGAAAUAUCCUGGGAGUUAUCCAACUGGGUGCUUAUUAGGCUGUGUCAGCAUUGAUAAUUGCCUCACACAAGAGGAAUUCAGAAAACGGGAUCCAAGCGGAGUUAGUUUAUCGCCUUUUGUAUGGCUGUGCUCUGAGCCUAAAAAGUUGAAAUUUAAUAUACCUAUCAUGGGAAAACCUAAGAUAUAUAGCCUUGAUAAUCAAACGUGGAAAGGUGCUUUCAAAAACUUGAUACUCUAAAUUUUUAUAAUAUAAUAUUGUUGCUAUAUAUGAAAUUGAUGUAAAUAAAAUUAUUUAUUCUGAUA